AUUUUUUCCCGAUUCCAUCAGAAAGAAAAAAUUUUCAAACAAUUGGGCGCCACUUUUUUAAGGUUUUUUGGCGCUUUUUUAGAACAAUGACAGAGUGGGAUGCUCAACCAGUUUAUUAUGGAGCUCCAACAUUUCAAAAUAAUGAAAAAAGUAUACCGGAACUGUCAAGAUACGCUGCAAAGGAAAAAUUUCGAGAGUUUUUCUUGCACUAUACUUCCAAUGAAUCUUGUUUCAAAUACAGAGAAAGGCUUCAACGUGCCAUCAACUCAGGAGAUAACCUCCUAGAGCUAUUUCUAGAUGACUUGCACCGUUUUGAUGACGAUAUUGCAAACUUGGUUCGAACUCAUCCAGAAGACUAUUUAUAUUUGAUGGAAAGGACUGCGGAGGAAGCGGCACAGCACAUCUGCUCCGUUGAUGCACUACAAGACAGAACACCGAAAGCUCAACUACAAGUUAUACUGUCAAGUUCUGAAAAACCUAUGGCGAUUAGACAAAUCAACGCUACAAAUAUUGGAAAAUUAACUUGUAUCCGAGGUAUUGUUAUUUCGUCUUCUCGAGUACGAGCAAAGGCAACAACUAUAACUAUAUGCUGUAAGAAUUGUCAGGUAAAAAAGAACAUUUCAGUUAAGCCAGGAUUGGGUGGAUUCUCAAUUCCAAGAACCUGUGAUAGUCCGGUUGUCGAAGGAAUGGAGCCUUGUCCUCUGGAUCCUUUUGUUAUCGUUCCGGACGAAUGUGAGUAUGCUGAUCAACAAUCCUUGAAACUUCAAGAGUUGCCAGAAGAAGUUCCAACUGGUGAAAUGCCACGAAGUAUUCAACUCGUUGUAGAUAGAAAGUUAGUGGGUGUUGCUGUCCCAGGAACUCGGAUAUGCGUGUUGGGUAUAUAUUCCAUAUCUUCCAGUGCACCUUCAGGCACAUCGAUUUCCGGGACUCUCAACACCUCCAUGGUAAGAAAUCCAUACUUAAGAGUGGUAGGAAUGUCAAUGGAAGGGACAGAUCCACUCUAUCGUUUUACAACAAAUUCUGGAGUAACCGGUGACGAUAUCAGUCUAUUGCAACACGAUGAUGAAGAACUCAUGAUUAGAAUAUCUCGUAUGCCAAAUUUAUAUUCUAUUAUCGCCAACUCUAUAGCUCCAGAAAUUUAUGGACAUGAAGACAUUAAAAAGGCUAUCGCAUGUUUGCUCUUUGCCGGUUCUACAAAACAUUUGCCUGACGGUAUGCGGAUUCGUGGUGAUAUAAACGUAUUGCUCUUGGGAGAUCCUUCUACGGCAAAGUCUCAACUUCUAAAGUUUGUAGAGAAAGUGGCUCCAAUUAGUGUCUAUACCUCAGGAAAGGGCAGCUCUGCCGCAGGUUUGACUGCGUCAGUGAUCCGAGAUGCCGCAUCAGGUGAAUUUCACCUAGAAGGAGGUGCAAUGGUAUUGGCAGAUGGAGGUGUCGUCUGUAUCGAUGAAUUUGACAAAAUGCGACUGGCAGAUCGAGUAGCCAUUCACGAGGCGAUGGAGCAACAGACUAUUUCUAUUGCAAAAGCUGGUAUAACAACUGUACUCAACUCUCGGGCAGCUGUAUUGGCAGCAGCUAAUCCAGCGUUUGGCAGAUAUGAUGACACCCGUGCUGCAUCAGAGAAUAUAGAAUUCCAAUCGACUAUUCUUUCACGUUUUGAUUUGAUAUUUAUUGUAAGAGAUAUCCGCACGGAUAGCAGAGAUUCAAGCAUAGCUAAACAUGUGAUCGGUUUGCACCGUCAAGGACAAGAUACGGGACUAUUGGGGAGUUCGUCUCUACAAGGUAGUCCUGAAGACCAGAUUAUGAUCCGAGAAAGUGCAUUUGAAGCUGGAAGAAUAGACAUGAGAACCCUUCGUCGUUUUAUAGCUUAUGCUCGAAGUCGUUGUUCUCCAAGGCUUACACCUGAAGCCGCUGAACUUCUUAAGAAUAGUUACGUGUCCAUUCGCCAAGAAUUGAGACAAGCAACUAUCGAAAGUGACGCAAAAGGAGAAACUCCUCCUCCAGUACCAAUAACUGUGAGACAACUGGAAGCAAUUGUCCGACUUGCAGAGGCAAUAGCAAAAAUGUCUCUUUCGGCAGUUGCAAACGAGCACCACGUCCUAGAGGCGUUAAGACUGUUUCGUGUUUCUACUAUGGACGCUGCCAACUCCGAAGCUCUCCCGGUAGUUGAUGGCAUUCUUCGUCCAGAGGUUCUGGCUGAAGUUCAAAGGGUGGAAGCUAUGAUCAAGCGCAGACUAUUUGUAGGUUCCACGAUGUCUGAGAGACGCAUGCUCGAUGAGAUUCUCAAGUCGAGCAUAACUGAAUUUGCUGCUCGAAAAGCCAUCCAAAUCAUGAUCCAACGAGGUGAAUUGGAAUAUCGCAAACAGAGACAUUUGAUAUGUCGUGUUCGAUGAUAAAUCAGAGCUUUGAAAAGGCUCUUUGAGUGUCGCUAUGGUGUUGUCAUUGUUCUGAAAUCGAUGGUUAUUAAUCAU